GAUGGAAAUGGCACUAGUACCAAUCUCCCUCUGAAAGAUCCGGCCCAGACAAACCAACGUCAAAUUCUCGCGGGUUCCAAUCCCAGUCCUCAUUUUGCGUAGUGUAGUCCAUGGAGAAGGACAAUAGAAGGAUACGAGUCGAGUGCCGUAAGCUGUUGAUCACCCGAAACGAAUUGGAUCUACAAUGGCUAAUCGGAUCCCCAUUUUUCCCUCCACUUACCAUCCUCUCCACCUUCAGAUGCAUCCAUUCCGAUCCCUCUGGCCCGGAUUUCCACAGGGAGUCAGAGGAAAUCAGGGCGCUUCUCUUGAAAGGAUUCGAUGUAAUUGGAGCGUUAAUCGUUGGAAAAUCCGAUACCGAAAAGACAGCGGUGAGGGCUAUUGAAGCUACUCGGAAAUUGAGAAAGGUUUUAUCUGGAAGUACAAAUUCAGUAAAUGAGGAGACGAUCGGAGCUGUUGCCGAUCCAGAUACCGGGGACAUUCGUUUCUUUGUAUCGGAGACUGAGGGUUCGACGAGCCUCGAGUUAGUAAAUUCUGUUUCCUAUGAUGAGAAUACUGAGAAAUUUGUGUGGGAGACUGGUUGUUUGCUACGCUGCGAAAUUCCGAUUAAAUUGCCCUUCUGUUUUCCUGUAAACAAGCCCGCUGAUGCGGAGAAUAUCUUCUUGCGUGCAGUUGAAGCAGUCAUUGCUAAGUUCAAAGAUCCAAAUGUUGUGUAUAUGGUGGAGGCAUCAAGUAAAGCCUCUUCAGAUGUAGUUCAACCUGUCAUUCUUCGUGGUGAAGAAUUGGAUUUUGACACAGCUCUCCCAAACAUUGAGCUUUUGGAUAAAGCUGUUCAUAAUUCUGAUCAAAAACUUUUACGAUGUGCACACUUUUGUUUAAAGAAUAAAUCUACCCCGGAGUUGUUUUCUGUAGAGAAUGCAGAUAUAAUCCAAAUAAGUGUUCUGCUUAAUAGAUCUGAAAAGUCUCCAAAAUGCAAAGCACCUGCUGUAGAAUACUUUCCAGCUAUGGAGGAAACUAGACUUUUGAUUGUGGAUUUCAAUCUAGAAGUACUCUGUUAUGCAGUCCAGGGCAUCCCAUUGAUGCAUGCUGUUUCAAAAUUGGUCAUCCCUGGGUUAGUUGACCAGUUAAAUUUGAUGAAGAAGAUGACCUUGCCAAAUCUGUUAACACAACAUCCGCAGCUACAUCCAUAUCACUUUAGUCUGCCUGGGAUAGCACAUCCAAUAACUGUUGCCUAUGAACUUAAUUAUGGGGAAACAGAAAUGAAGCAAGUUGAUAUCAGAAGAUCCCUACAUCUAAGGUUAGGAUUGCCAUUUGAUCGUCCUCUCAUAAGAAUUGCCAAUGCCCUGGAUUUGUCAACAAAAGACCGUUCAAGCAACAGCUCAACUAGAAAGGGUUCUUCUUUGCUUAAAGAUGUACAUAUCGGGAUCCCAAGCGGUGGGGUCUCUGGAGGCAGUGUCUCUCUAGUUCAAGGUUCUUAUGAGUACUAUCAUUAUCUUCAAGAUGGCUUUGAUGAUUCAGGCUGGGGUUGUGCUUACCGCUCUCUGCAGACUAUCAUUUCAUGGUUCAGACUCCAACAUUAUUCAUCUAUAGAUGUUCCUUCACACAGGGAAAUACAACAGUCACUUGUAGAUAUUGGUGACAAGGAUCCUUCUUUCAUUGGGUCACGUGAAUGGAUUGGUGCAAUUGAGUUGAGCUUUGUUUUGGAUAAACUUCUAGGUGUCAGUUGCAAAGUCAUAAAUGUUAGGUCUGGAUCUGAGCUUCCUGAAAAAUGUCGAGAGCUGGCAAUGCAUUUUGAAAAUCAAGGAACACCAAUUAUGAUAGGUGGUGGUGUUCUUGCAUAUACCCUUCUGGGAGUUGAUUACAAUGAAGCUACUGGAGACUGUGCAUUUCUUAUACUAGAUCCCCACUAUACAGGAACUGAUGAUCCUAAGAAAAUCGUCAACGGUGGAUGGUGUGGAUGGAAAAAAUCUAUUGAUAGCAAGGGAAAGAGUUUCUUUUUGCAUGAUAAGUUCUACAAUCUUCUGCUUCCACAAAGGCCUAACAUGGUUUAGUUUGGUGCUAUAUUAGUUUAAGCAAAGGAAGUGAUUGUGAGUUAGCUUUGAGAUGGGUAGGUUAAAGCUCUAUAACGACAUGCGAAACAACCAUAAAUUUAGUUUCAGAGAAUCGGAAUGAAGUAACUACCCACGGUCGAUACUUUUAAGUUUGUACGCUUAAGUUGAAAUUGUGCAUUGUCGAUCAUAUGACUUUUAUGUUGGAUCCUUGUUCUUCAUCUAUGGCUUCUUGGGUUUUUAAUGAGGUGAUGCCUUUCUUCACUUGAUUAAUGAAUUGAGACAGCUGAAUACAACUGCAACUUGUUGGUUCUCA